AUGCCGAACGCGGUGGUCACGCUGACAAUCGAGAAGGCUGCGGGCCUUGUCGCGCUCAACCCGGGGGGAACGUCAAAUCCGUUCUUCACCGCCACGAUCGGGGCCCAGUGCGUGACGACGCCCGUGGUGAAUAAGACACUGAACCCAAUAUUUAACGCGACCUUUACCUUUCACGACUGUCCGCUUCCGGCCAUGGUGACACUGCGAGCCUUCAACAAGAUCCAGUACAUCGACGUAGAGGACCCGCUCGGCACCGCUACAGUCACCCUCUUCGACGUGCAGCCGGAGACGACGACGAAGGUUGUACAGCUCAGCCACGGCGGCAUCGCAGCACUGGCGCAGCGCGCACCGAAUGGGUGCGGCGCGGUUACCAUCGCCUACAGCAUCGCCCCAAUGCCUGCGGAGGCGGCGGUCCCCACCGUUGCGGAGCACUCGGCGUCUCAGCUGAGCAGCCUGCCCUCAUCUACCGCAGCACCUCAGACUUUGCUUGCGGUGGUGACGCCCAUAUCCGUGCCCGCUGCGCACAAUAUAGACGGCAACGGGCCAGCGUCUAUCCCUGUUGCCUCCGUCCCGUGUAAGGACCACGACGGCAUACUGGGCUCUGUCACGCACGACAGCAACAGCAGCCUGCUCGCCUCCAACCCCAGCGCCACGAACCCGACCGCGACUACCGCGAGGCUGCAGCCGAUCGAGGGUACGACGGCCGCUGUGAUGGAGGGCUCAGACGCGUUUACCCCGAUGCUUGAUGCGAUGCAGCAGCAGAGAGCCCACCUCACACCACCCAACCUCACACCUGCUCGGCCGCCGGCGAACAGCACCUUCUUCGUUCCACAGGUCGCACCGCCCCCGUCGUCUCUCGCUGCUGUUAACAUGUCUUUGAAAGCGGCCCCCAUAAAUGGGUACGAGAGCUACGCUGUGCAUGGCGUGAAGCCGCCGCCGCCGGUGUCCGAGGAGGCUGCCGCCGCCGCCAACCCAGUGCUGCCAUCCAUGUCAGCGGAGUUUUACUACGCGAACAACACCGCUCACAACGCCCCUGCAGCGCCGCUGUCGGGCGCCGCGCACGCACAGUCCUCGGGAAGUUGCGUUAUGCUUCCGGUGGCGUCCGCCGCCCCGGCUGCGGCUCGCUUUGCUUCACUUCAGGAGUCCACUAGUGCCGCGCUCUCCUUCGACACCCAGAUGCCGACGUCGUCCGCCAGCUCCCUGUACACCAGCGCCGCGCAGGCCCCAACCUCGGCCUCGCAGACGAAGCUGCUUGUCAUACCGCCGAACAUCAACGGUACCCCGACUCCGAGCUUCUUACAGACCUCACGCGCUUCGUCUCGCGAGAUCUCGCGCCACCCCUCCGUUGCCCAGUUCCCCGCCUCGUCGGGGAACCUGAUCACCAGCUUUUCCGCCGACGCCCUACCGCCGCCGCCACUGGUUGGCGCGCUCCCGGUAGCGGUGCCACCUCUCUCGCCGCCGCUUUCCUCGAGCACGACUGGCAGCCUCCGCUCCACUCCUGCUGCGCUGUCCCCGCAAAGACAGAGCAAUUCCGUCGCCUUCGUCGCCAGCCCACUUCCUGCCGAGACCUCCGUCGCUGCCCCUUCCUCCACGUCGACCAGAGCUGCUGCUACCCACCGCGGUGUUGCUCCGGCUUUCACCGCCACCGGUGCUCGAGGCGCUGGCGCUGGUGCCGCCUUUCCCUACUCGGCCACUCGCUGCGAUGCCUACGCGUCGACGUCUGUAGCCAGCGGCACCACCUCGCCGAAGCGCCGCAACCCCCGCAGCGAGAUCCAACUCGACGU